CUCAUAUUAGGUUGGACUAUAAUAGAAAAUGAUUAUCUGAGAUAACCUUGUUUAAGACGUUUCAAACGGUUUAUUCAUUAAAAAAAUAUCACACUUGUUUCAGUGACAGCAAGCUUCUUUAAAUAUUAAAAAAACAAAACAGAGUUGGAAUAUUCAUGUGUAAUUUCGGAUAUUCCUCGAAACAGAUGUUAUACUACUCGUGAUUUUCCCGCGCAAUAAUUUUGUUAUUCCGUUGCAAUACGUACAAAACGAUUUUCUAUAUAAUUUUUUGAAAUAUUGAAUGCUUCAACAUAUAACGAAUUAAAUUUCCGGAUAUAAAUACCUGGACUAUAUAGGUGGAAAGUGGUGGUGCGAGAGUGGCGCAAGCUUCAGCAAGAUAUUUUAGUUUCGAACAUCCGAUAGUAAAAAGUUGAUGGCACAGAGAUAUUAAUUCGAAAAACACAAUAAGUUGGUUACAUUAACAGAGAAUAAAAGCGUUAAGGCUAUAAACUAUUAACCGUUCCAAGAGAAGCAUAAACAAAAAGUGGUAAUCCUUUUAUAUGUUAUAUUACCAUCACCGCUGCAUAUAAUUAAAAUAAACUUUGUGCAAAUGAAAUUUAUCAGCAACGUAUUAUUUUAUGCAAACUAACGGCAGUGCAAUAUCAUAAAAAGCUCCAACGUAAACGUCAAAUUACCCAAGCUUAAGCUACAUCUUAUGAUCAACAAGUGCAAGUUAAGAUUGAAAGGGCGGUAACCAAAAACAAAAACUCGUUGUACUUUACAGAUUGACGUAUUUGAGUACCAGUACCUGUGCAUAUAAGGAUCGCCAAAAAUAACAUAAAAACUAGUUAUUACAACAAUAACAUGUCCGAUCUUGGCAGUGGAGACGAAGGCAUUUCUGGCUCAAAAUACAAUGCAAGUGGCAUGGAGGGCACCAGUGGUAGAAGUGACUUUGAUUCAACAGGCAAGGCUCAAGCAGGUGCACAGCAAGGCGAACAGGAAUUGGCGACAAAAAUGCUACAAAUACAAUCGAAACGCUUCUAUUUGGAUGUAAAACAAAAUCGUCGUGGACGUUUCAUCAAAGUCGCUGAGAUAGGUGCCGAUGGCAGACGUAGUCAGGUUUAUUUGGCCUUGUCAACUGCCGCUGAAUUUCGUGAUCACCUUUCAACAUUUAGUGACUAUUACGCAUCUUUGGUCAAAUUCACAGGGCCACCAAAUCCAGAUAAUCUCCCCGAAGAUGGAAAACUGAAAUCAGAGAUGAUGAUUAAAGAUAAUAGACGAUACUAUUUAGAUUUGAAAGAGAAUGCGCGCGGACGUUUCUUAAGAGUAUCGCAGACCAUAACAAGAGGAGGUCCUAGGUCACAAAUAGCUAUACCAGCUCAAGGAAUGAUAGAAUUUCGGGAUGCACUAACAGAUUUGCUUGAAGAAUUUGGUACCAACGAUGGCGGAUAUUUCCUGGGUGUGUUGGUGUCAUUUGGGGUGCUGAUUUCUAUAAAGUAUGUAAUUUUGUUUAUUUUAUUUAUUAACGUAAUACCCGGCCUAUUGCUUGUUAUAGUUUUAUCGGUGUGCAUGGUAGCAUCCCAAUAUAGGGUAUAUUCUUCACUGUUUAAGGUGUUUCAAUAAUGUAAAUGUAA